CAUCUACAAACAAGGAAUUCCACAGCUCAAACUUCUUUUACUUAGCAAUAAUUCUCAUAACACAAUCUAGUGAGUGCCAUUGGUCUCAUAUCACAAUGGCUCUCAAUCGUCUCUCUUUUACGUCUUUUCUUCUCGUGGCCUUAGUGGCAGUUUCAUCUGCUAGUGAUUCUUAUUCAUCACCGGUGUACAAGACACCAGUGUAUACACCAUCCCCAGUGUACAAAUCGCCGGUGUACACACCGUCACCAGUAUACAAAUCCCCAGUGUACACACCAUCACCCAUUCACAAGUCGCCAGUGUACACACCAUCGCCUGUAUAUAAAUCCCCUAUCUACACUCCGUCACCAGUUUAUGAAUCUCCAGUAUACAUGCCAACACCAGUGUACAAAUCCCCAAAGUACACACCAUCUCCGGUCUACAAGGCCCCAGUUUAUAGCCCAACCCCAUCAUACAAGUCACCAACAUACACUCCAUCUCCAAUAUACAAAUCACCAGUAUACACUCCAUCCCAUGUAUACAAGUCACCAAUCUACACCCCAUCUCCGGUUCAUAAGUCACCGGUCUACACUCCAUCUCCUAUAUACAAGUCACCAGAUUACACUCCAUCUCCUGUGUACAAAUCACCAAUUUACACCCCGUCUCCAGUUUACAAGUCACCCAUCUACACUCCAUCCCCUGUGUACAAAUCACCAGUAUACACCCCAUCUCCAGUUUACAAGUCUCCAAUAUACAAGCCAACACCGGUGUACAAAUCUCCAUCGUACACCCCAUCACCGAGUUACAAGGCUCCAGUCUACAGUCCAUCCCCCGUCUACAAGUCACCAGUAUACACUCCAUCUCCUGUGUACAAGUCUCCUGUAUACACACCUUCACCAGUGUAUAAAUCUCCAUCAUACACUCCAUCUCCAAUCUACAAGUCCCCAAUUUACACCCCAUCACCAAUGUACAAGUCACCAGUUUACACACCAUCCCCAAUCUACAAGUCCCCAGUUUACACUCCAUCACCAGUGUACAAGUCACCAGUUUAUACUCCAUCUCCUGUACAUAAAUCACCAAAAUACACACCAUCACCGGUUUACUCCCCUUCUCCCGUCUACAAGUCACCGGUUUACAAGUCUCCCGCAUACACCCCAAGCCCUCCUCCAUAUGGCUAUUGAGGAAAUAUAUGACUAAAUAAUGAUUGAUUUUCUAUGUAUUUGUUUUUUUCUUCGACUUGUUAUAUGUGUUUAAAAGUACCCCAAAUGAGGGUUAUGUUGAGUGAAAUUGUUCUUAUUUGUUGUAGUACUUUCAAUUCGAAAUAAUGGAUUCAAAAUUCUAUAAC